AGAGACUUGGAUGGGUUUCAGGGGGUUUUGGCUAUCAGAAAGAGAGAGGAAAGAGCUAAUUUGAUCAGGGUAAAAUUAAACGGCUAGAAUUUAAACCCAAAAGGAUAUGUUUGUUUCUUGGGAAAAUAUGGGAUAGAGAAUGAGAGAAAAUUUAGUGUGAUUUUGAAAAUUAGAAAAAAAAAAGGGACAAGAUAAUUAUUUUCUUACAAUUAUCCCUCCGAUCUUCUCAUUUCUGCUAAUUUUGCUUUCUCUUCGGAUAAAAGUUCUGUCUUCAACGAUAAUUCACUUUCAAGAGGGUUCUUAUGAGACUUAAAAGGAGCACAGUUAUUUUUUUAAAAAAUGGAUUGAGAAUGGUUUGUUGAUGUGUUGUUCUUGGUGUGAUCUCUGAGAUAUGGUGUUGCAGAAGAGGUUAGAUUACGGAUUUAAUGGCUAUCAGGUGCCCUAUACACCUAGAGCUACCAGAUCGGCAAGGAGGAGGAGUUCUUUCAAGAAGCGAGGUGAAGACAAUCAAAUGUGUGCAUUUGACUUACUGGCCACCAUAGCUGGAAAAUUAUUGCUUGAUAAGCAAACUCCUACUUCUAGUAUUGUAUCAACUAACGAAAAUCAGUCUGCUGUUGUAAAAGAUUCUGAAAAAAAAGAAAUGCAGGAUGAAAAUAAACAAUUGAGAGUAGAAACAUCUGAUCAAGGAAGCUGGGAUAGAGGACUCUCUUUCGCUGAGCUUUUGUCACUAGCUAAAGAUAAGAAAUAUGCUCUUAAGGAAUCCACACGUAACCAGGAAGAUGCCCCUUUGGGAUUUGCCUCUGCAGUUGCAACUUCUGAUUGCUCUGGGGGUUUUGGUGAUCAGAAGUUGGUGGAUGGCAAAGCCAAGAGUGAAAUGGGAAUCUUAGCUAGCAGAGUAGAAACAUCUGAUCAAGGAAGCUGGAUUAGCGAACUCUCUUUCUCUGAGCUUUUGUCACUAGCUAAAGAUAAGAAAUAUACUCUUAAGGAAUCCACAUGUAACCAGGAAGAUGCCCCUUUGGGAUUUGUCUCUGCAGUUGCAACUUCUGAUUGCUCUGGGGGUUUUGGUGAUCAGAAGUUGGUGGAUGGCAAAGCCAAGAGUGAAAUGGGAAUCUUAGCUAGCAGAGUAGAAACAUCUGAUCAAGGAAGCUGGAUUAGCGAACUCUCUUUCUCUGAGCUUUUGUCACUAGCUAAAGAUAAGAAAUAUACUCUUAAGGAAUCCACAUGUAACCAGGAAGAUGCCCCUUUGGGAUUUGCCUCUGCAGUUGCAACUUCUGAUUGCUCUGGGGGUUUUGGUGAUCAGAAGUUGGUGGAUGGCAAAGCCAAGAGUGAAAUGGGAAUCUUAGCUAGCAGAGUAGAGGUAGGCCCCUCUGGGUACAGGGAGUAUGGGGUUUGUAAAAUAGAGGAUGAAAAUAAAAAAAUUAUAAAAGAUGAGUUACAUAAAACUGAGAAGGUGCAAUUUGGUACUAGGGCCAAAGGAUGCAGAUUAGAUAAUCCAGUGGUUUGGGAUGAGAAACCUCCUGUAUUAGUUAGUUCAGACAGUAGUACCAAGUUGCCUUUUUGUAGGGACCAAAGUCCCCAUAGUUCUUUUCCUGCAAACCGGGAUUAUGUAAAUGUAGUUAGUAGAGAUGAUGACGAAAAUUCUUCUGGGUGUACUCACCCAAACACCAUAAAAAAAUCCUUUAGGCCUGUGCCACGUAUUGGAGACAGGAGAAUAAGGAAAAUAUUGGCUUCUAAAUAUUGGAAAGUUGGCCCAAAAUUGAAGGAUGUAACACAUUCUAAUGCCAAUGGUGAACUGAGGACCGUUUACCGAAAUAGGAAUAUCAGUUAUGGAAGCGUAAGAUCUGAAAAGAAUUAUCCUAUUAAAAAGAGGAGGAUUUUUAACUAUAGCUCAGUAUCAAAUUUUAAUGGAGGAAUUAGUGGUGAGGACAUUUGUGUUUCGCCUAAGAGGGUCAUCAAUGGAGAUGUUUCUGGUUUGUGUUCAAAGAUUCAUGAAGCCGCUGGAGCAUCAUCUUCAGCAGCAGGUCUGCAUACAACCUUCCAAUCUAGGGAUUCUUAUGUGAAGCUUAGGAUCAAGUCUUUCAGGGUGCCAGAGCUUUUUAUUGAAAUGCCGGAAACUGCAACGGUUGGUUCAUUGAAGAGGAGGGUUAUGGAGGCGGUGAAUGCCAUACUUGGAGGUGGAUUGCAUGUUGGUGUACUUCUUCAGGGGAAGAAGGUUAGAGAUGACAGCAAAACACUACUUCAGACUGGAAUAUCUCAUGAUAAUCAACUUAAUGCCUUGGGUUUUAGCCUGGAGCCCAACACUUCAAAGAAACCCCGACCUCUCUGCCCUGGAGAUUCUCCAUUUCUGCUUCCUUGCAAUGCACCUCAGCCUCUUACCAGGUAUACAUCCACUCCUAGUAUCAUUCAUCAGGGCACUUGCGAAGUUGCACCUGAACUGCAUGUGACUAGCAUGGGCAACUUCAUUGAAAGUGAUCAUGAUUCAGCAACCUUUCCUACGGACAUGUCCAUUGACAAAAGCACAAAGGAUUCUAAAGCACUGGUUACUGUUCCCGCAAUGAGUGUGGAAGCUCUAGCCGUUGUUCCAGUGCACCAGAAAUCUAAGCAUUCUGAGAUUGUACAACGCCGAAUUCGCCGACCUUUCUCUGUUGCUGAAGUUGAAGCACUUGUUCAAGCAGUUGAGACACUUGGAACUGGAAGGUGGCGGGAUGUUAAACUGCAAGCUUUUGACGAUGCCAAACAUAGAACAUAUGUGGAUUUAAAGGACAAAUGGAAAACGCUAGUACACACGGCAAAAAUAUCCCCUCAACAAAGGAGGGGAGAGCCUGUCCCUCAGGAACUUUUGGAUAGGGUUCUAACUGCUCAUGCUUAUUGGUCUCAGCAACAGGCCAAACAACAACUCGAGCCACAGCCCGAGACUUGCCUUCUCCUGAAGAUUGAUAUAUGAUAUAACUCGGCCUUCAUCUAUAGGCACUCACAUCUGUACUGCUUUUUAAGAAUACCCAUUAGAGUACCUAAAUGUUGAUGCAUGUUCACUUGAGGAGGGAGGCACGUGGCUGCAUGUGUUUAGAAAAGAAGAGAGUUAUUUUUUUGAUUUAAGAAAUAGAGGGACCGUGGGAGUAUUUUUAUAUAGAAUUUAGAAUUAAGAAACUUUAUGGAUUGAUUCUGUUCCUGUUGAAAUGAUUUGUUUGGCGGUGGCACCACAAAAAGGGAUAAGCCAAUAGUGACAAAAUUCUUAGUUGAUUAAAGUUUCAAUCUGUAUCAUGCUGACAAAAAGAAACAUUUUAGUGGAUAAGGAAAUGAACGAAUCUUGCUCACAA